UUCCUCGACCGGAAAAUGGAGAAAUUCAAGACCCUGGAAAUCGUCCGCGUCUUCCACCUCCGCCUCAACCGCCCUUCCUCCCGCAACGCCCUCUCCCCCGACUCCUUCGCCGAGCUCCCCCUCGCCCUCUCCUCCCUCGACCGCAACCCCGACGCCCUCGUCGUCGUCCUCUCCGGCUCCGGCCACCAUUUCUGCUCCGGCAUCGACCUUGCCGCGCUCGACUCCAUCGCCUCCGGCUCCUCCCCCCCAUCCGGCGACCGAGGCCGCGCCGGCGAGCGGCUCCGCCGGCACAUCAAGUACCUGCAAGACGCGGUGACGGCCAUCGAGCGGUGCCGCAAGCCGGUGAUCGCCGCCGUCCACGGGGCGUGCGUCGGGGGCGGCGUCGACAUCGCCACCGCGUGCGACGUGAGGUACUGCACGGAGGAUGCGUUCUUCUCGGUGAAGGAGGUCGACCUGGCGAUCACCGCCGACCUCGGGACGCUGCAGAGGUUGCCGAGCAUCGUGGGGUACGGCAACGCGACGGAGCUGGCCUUGACGGGUCGGAGGGUGUCGGGCUCGGAGGCGAAGGAGCUGGGGCUGGUUUCUCGGGUUUUCGGGUCGAAGCGCGAAUUGGAUGAUGGAGUGAGAGUCAUCGCUGAGGAGAUUGCUUCCAAGUCCCCGAUGGCCGUUACCGGCACUAAAGCCGUGCUGCUGAAGAGCAGGGACAUGAGCGUAGAUCAAGGCUUGGACUACGUCGCGACCUGGAACUCGGCAAUGCUUCUGUCCGACGAUCUAACGGAGGCCAUCUCGGCACACAGGCAGAAACGGAAGCCUGUUUUUGCAAAGCUCUGAUGGUCGGCAUCACCAUCGUAAGGCAGAAGAACCAAUUCAAUGCUUUACAUGUAAAGGACUGCAAAAAGAAAGGAGGGAAGCCGAUUCUUGGCCGGCUUCCAGCCUUGUUCGAAUCACUGUGCUGCUUGUAAUAAUCCGCUCGUCUUGAUUCGACGAAAUUCAUUCGUUUUUGGGCAAUCGAGUUACUCGUUUAGAUUUA